AGAAUGGGCGCCAUGAGGGGGUAAUGGUGUCUGAGGUGAAACCGGGGAUCUGAGAGGGAGGGAAUAGCGGUUGAUGGCAGGCCUAGGGAGCUGGGAAAUAAGGAGGUGAUAAUGGGGGGGUGCUGGUUGUAACGGUGGAGAUAAUCGAAUUCUGGGGAGGGGGAUUGGGAUGGGAGGGGCAGAGGUUGGGAGGGGAAUAAUGAUGGCCCGAGAGGGGGGUGGUGAGGGAUAAGGGUGGCCUGAGACAGGACUCGGGAUAAAGGCUGCCAGUAGAUGCCACAGCCCUUGGAGUGAUGGUUUGCAGGGGAAGCACUGCCCUUUUUGCUUCAGAGCCCGCUCCCAACAUCCACUUUUCCCUCCCCAGGAUGGGAAUCCAUGGCUUGGCCAAGCUUAUCGCCGACGUGGCUCCCGGGGCCAUCCGGGAGAACGACAUCAAGUCCUACUUCGGCCGGAAAGUGGCCAUCGACGCCUCCAUGAGCAUCUACCAGUUCCUGAUCGCCGUGCGGCAGGGAGCCGACGUGCUCCAGAACGAGGACGGGGAGACCACCAGCCACCUGAUGGGCAUGUUCUACCGCACCAUCCGCAUGGUGGAGAACGGCAUCAAGCCGGUGUACGUGUUCGACGGGAAGCCGCCGCAGCUGAAGUCCGGGGAGCUGGCCAAGCGCACGGAGCGCCGGGCCGAGGCGGAGAAGCACCUGCAGGAAGCGCAGGAGGCCGGGGAGGAGGAGAACAUCGAGAAGUACAGCAAGAGGCUGGUCAAGGUGACCCCGCAGCACACGCAGGAGUGCAAGAAGCUGCUGACGCUGAUGGGAAUUCCCUACGUGGAGGCACCCGGCGAGGCGGAGGCCAGCUGUGCCACCCUGGUGAAGGCCGGCAAGGUGUACGCCGCCGCCACGGAGGACAUGGAUUGCCUCACCUUCGGCAGCCCCGUGCUGAUGCGGCACCUCACGGCCAGCGAGACCAAGAAGCUGCCCAUCCAGGAGUUCCACCUGAACCGGAUCCUGCAGGACCUGCAGCUGACCUGGGAGCAGUUUGUGGACCUGUGCAUCCUGCUGGGCUGCGACUACUGCGGCAGCAUCCGCGGCAUCGGGCCGAAGCGCGCCGUGGAGCUCAUCCGGGAGCACAAGUCCAUCGAGAGGAUCGUGCAGCAGCUCGACACCAAGAAGUACCCCCUGCCCGAGAACUGGCUGCACAGGGAGGCCCAGAAGCUCUUCCUGGAGCCCGACGUGAUCGACCCCGAGGCCGUGGAGCUGAAGUGGAGCGAGCCCGACGAGGAGCAGCUGGUGCAGUUCAUGUGCGGGGAGAAGCAGUUCAACGAGGAGCGCAUCCGCAACGGCGUCAGGAGGCUGAGCAAGAGCCGCCAGGGAAGCACCCAGGGCCGGCUCGACGACUUCUUCAAGGUCACCGGGUCCAUCACCUCGGCCAAGCGCAAGGAGCCCGAGCCCAAGGGGUCGGCCAAGAAGAAAGCCAAGACCAACUCCAAGCCCGGCGGCGGCGCAGCCGCAAAGACCAAAAAGGCAAAAUAACCGGAUUGGGCGCCCGCAGACCUCUGGGAUUGGGUUUUUGGGGGGCUUAAUGAGGAAUUUUAGCCUAAUGACAGUUGUGUGUCAGUGCUGUGUGUUAGUGCUGGGAAGGAAUGGGUGAGGGCAGCAGAGUGGAGCAGCGCCCGGAUUUCAGAAUUCCAAAGCUGAACAGUUGCAGAGCAGAUUGGGGACAAAUUAGAUUUCAGCCUGAUCCCAUCCAUCCCAGAAGCAGAAACUAGAAAGGUAGCAGUGGAAGGCAAGCUGGAAUUGGGAAGGAGGCUUCAAGUAAUGAGGUAAACUUCUCCUUUUAACCCAAGAGAGUUCAUGAGGGUUUUUCCUUCCCUUUCCAUGGUCGCUCUCCUUAUUCAAAACCCAGUUGUGAUCUCAAUUCCAGCAAUAACCUGGCCCACUUUUAGUGCGUAAUCCAGGGAAAGCUGAGCCCAGACUUCAGCAGUCCCAGCCUGAAAUUUGCUUAGAAAUGCUUAAAAAUAAAAAUAUCCAUAAGCCUA